AUGUUUUUCAGAAGCAAGUGGGAUUCUCGAGGUCGACACUGCUAUAUCACUGGUGGCUCGUCUGGUUUGGGCCUUGCCCUGGCUAUUCUAUUGACUAAGAAGGGAGCUCAUGUCUCCAUUGUGGCCCGUAACGAGACCCGCCUCAAGAAGGCAUUGGAAGACUUGGAGGCUGUUCGUCAGACAUCCGAACAGCUGCUCAAAGCCUACUCCUUCCAUGUGAACAAGGAGGCUGAUGCACAGGCAGCACUGGAGGCUGCGUGCGAGCCGCACGGUGGUAGUUCUCCCGACGUACUAUUCCUCUGCGCGGGGAAGUCUACGCCUGGUUUCUUCGUUGAGCAAGACGAGGCGGCAAUGCGUGCGGGUAUGGAAGAGACAUUCUGGACGCAAGCCUUCUCUGCGUUGACUGGCGCGAAGAGGAUGGUCCGCCGACGAGAGAGAGGGAAAAUCGUCUUCGUUUCUUCCGUUUUGGGCUACUUCUCUAUUGUCGGGUAUUCUACCUAUUCGCCCGGCAAGUUCGCAAUACGAGGUUUAGCGGAGGCCUUGCAGUCAGAACUGAUGUUGUAUGACAUUGAUGUACACAUCUGUUUCCCUGGAACCAUCUUCUCGCCAGGUUACGAGGAAGAAAACAGGGUGAAGCCAAAGGUCACGUUGAAAAUCGAGGAAACAGAUGGAGGAGAAACACCGCAGGUUGUCGCGGAAGCCCUGUUCAAAGGUGUGCAGAACGGCGACUUCCAUAUCACAUAUGAUCCCAUUGGGCACAUUUUCCGUGCAUCCACCGCCGGUUCGUCGCCGCGAAAUAACAUGUUCACGGACAUCAUCUAUGGCCUCAUCGGAUAUGCAUGUGCCAAUUGCUUGCCCUCCGUGGACAGUUCUGACAUAUAUGACAGAUUGGGCUGCCUAUUUGGCGACACUCGGUGGAUUCCACCGUCCGAUCGCACCGCGGAGAACACGAAGGGUAUCUUCAAGCUCGCGGGUUCUAUGACGACGCACGCGAUGGUCUCAGCAAAUGAUUUCUGUCAAUAA